AUGCAACUCAACAGCACCGAAAUCUCGGAACUUAAGCCGAUAUGCCAAAUCAUCACUCCAGUGGGGAUGCUAGGCUACGGCUUCGACGAAGCCCUCACGCACUACGAACUCUCCCGCCUCGUACCAACCGGCAUCCCAACAGCUAUCAUUUUAGAUUCGGGCUCGACAGAUAGUGGGCCGCAGAAACUGGCUCUGGGGUCUAUGUCAUGUCCAAGGUUGGCUUAUGCGAAGGAUCUUGCCAAGUUACUCCGGCUUGUUCAUACGUUUCGUGUGCCCUUGAUAUUUGGGUCUGCUGGUGGUGAUGGGACGGAUGAGCACGUUAAGAUCAUGGGGGAGAUUAUUGAGGAGAUUGCAGCGGAAGAGGAGAAUAAGGACUAUGCUUUCAAUACGAUAUCGCUAUUCUCCAAUAUCAGCAAGGCAACGAUCCUCGAGCGCCUCAAACAAGGCCGUCUAACCGGCUGCGGCCACUGCGUCCCACCUGCAACAGAAUACGAGAUCAACGAGUCCCUCCGUGUCGUUGCUCAGAUGGGCUACGAGCCCUUCUUUGAUGCCAUGAACGCCAAUCCCGACUUCAACAUCAUAAUCGGCGGGCGAGCCUACGAUCCAUCUCCAUACGUCGCAUUUUGCGUUUAUCAACUCACACGCCAAUCAAACCAUCUCAGCACAGAAGAACUUCACUCUAGGCUUGGUGGGCUCUAUCACAUGGGUAAGAUCCUGGAAUGUGGAGGACAGUGUUCAUUCCCGAAAUCUCAUGGUGCUGUUGCGACUGUUUAUGAGAACGGUUUAUUUGAUGUUAGACCGACGGAUCCUGAGUCUAUGUGUACGCCUUUGUCUGUUGCUGCUCAUACGCUGUAUGAGAAUACGAGACCGGAUGUUCUACGAGGGCCAGGAGGGUCACUUCAUCUUGACAACUCAAAGUAUGAGCAGCUGUCUGACGGAAAGUCUGUGAGGGUGAGUGGCGGUGUUUAUCGCUCGUCAGAAGCAGAUGGCAAGCCUUAUCAGCUCAAGCUGGAAGCUGCACGUAUUGUUGGUUAUCGCUCUAUGUUCAUGGGCAGUAUCACAGACCAUAUCCUCGUUUCCCAGAUUGACAAACUAUUGGCCCGCGUCAAGGUCUACGUUGACCAACAACAUCCCGAGAUCGCCGGUCAGUGGAACAUUGACUUCCAUGUCUACGGCAAAGACCAGUACACGCAUGCCGGACCAGGUCAACUCUUCAUCGUUGCUGAAGCACUCGCGCCGACACAGCAGUUGGCUAACAGCAUUGCCUCCAAGGCUCGAGUUGGAAUGACUCAUGCACCAUAUCCAGGGCAGAAAGCGACUGCAGGCAACUUUGGCUUCGGCCUUGGUGGCCUUAUGGAGAUUGAACUUGGUCCUUGUGCUGAGUUCUCGCUGUACCAUCUCAUGGACCUUGAGCCGGGCGAAGAGAGGUUGGCUCUGGGUGGUGAUGGGUCUGUGCUAGGAGGCUCGUUGCUGAGAGGCACGGUCUCUCGAAUUGGCAAAGGGGUCAUGAACGGCACCAACGGGCACAUUACGGUGCCUGAGGUCGAUAGCAAGCCUCCUCAGCGGGCGAGCGCAAGUCCCCAGCGUUCGCCUAGUCCUCCGAAUCAAGCUAUCCAGAAAUCUGAGACACUAUCAGACUUGUGCCGCAUUGUCCGAUCCAAGAACGCUGGUCCAUACGAGAUCACGAUAGAUGCCAUGUUCGCGUCCAAAGAAGCUUAUGAAGCUGUCAAAUCCUCCGAUCUCCUGUCAGCCAGCAAUGUUGCGAAAGCCAUCGGCAUCUCAGAGGAAGAUAUCAUCUGGAUUGGCUUCUUCGAUCCUGCUAUCUCUUUCAAGGUAACCAUCCCCAGAGUCCGAUCGGGGAAGAAGAAAUCUGCCGGCGGGUUCAUGGAAAACGACAUCCAUGGAUCGCAGGAGCACAUGGGCCUUGCAAGCCUGAAGCUCCCUGAAGGAUUCAACUUCUAGGUCCAU